GAAUUGCAUAAAUAAUAAGAGAAACAAUCGAUAACCUACUUGCAUGUAACGGUUCACGCUCGUCCGGCAGUCCUCUCCAUAAACACUCAUAGGAUGUUCUGUGAAUGGCUCGCCGUUUCAAAAAAAAACUCACGCCUUAUGUUCGGUAAAGACUGCAAACCAUAAGUUGGACUUCUCCACAUUUUCCGCACACGAAGGCAGGUAGUACCAAGGAGAGCACCCUCCGGUUGGAUUUUUAGUAUACCGGCGAGUGCUGUGCGAAGUGCUGCGUUUUGCUGUAAGCUGACCGCAGUUCAGUCCAACCCAACCGUCGAUGUGUACUGCAGCAAAACUAAAAGCCCUCGAAAGCUGUUCAUUUCAAAACCGGGGACCACUUUUCCGACAUGCUGGCUGAAAGUCAAGUUGAAAACAAUUGCGAUCGUUUAACGUGAGUUGUGUUAACCUUAGCUGAAGAGCAGCAUUGACAUUGUGUGGACAAAUAUAAUUGGGAGCCAAUAAUUGCCGUUUUCCUUUGCAAGCAGUUGGAGCUAUUAAUUUGAGAAUUUCCCUUCAACACGCGGAGCAAAUUGGUAUCAAGUUCAAGUGCAUUUGAGAAGUGUAACCCAAAACUGUUGUGGAAAAAAUGAUGAUAAUGACGAAAAUAUUUCUGACUUCUGUGUUCAUAUUUAGCGGAUUCGCAAUGUAUCAUUUCAUAGAUGCCCAGGCACAACAACUACUCGCACAAGCGCUGUAUCUCGGGGAUCCGGGUGCCUACAAUGGCACGAAGGAAGACUGCAUUUGGAAGCGCGGCAAUGGAGAGGACCGCUGCCCGGAUCCGAACAUCAAGACGAUCCUUUACACGUCCGGGAUCGUGAAGGAUAAGUAUGUGUUCAACAUGAAUCACCCGGACUGGCUGAACGAUUCCGACUGGGAGCCGACAAAGGAGAACAUCAUUCUGGUUCAUGGUUACGCCGGAGGUGACGAUACCUUGCCAAUUGCGGUUUUGAGAGACGCUUACAUCAAUCAUGGAGGUUACAACGUGUUUCUUGUGGAUUGGGGAGUACUGGGUCAACCCCCUUGCUACGUUGCGGCGGUGUAUAAUAUCCGACCGAUUGCCGCGUGUUUUGCGCAAACCCUGAUGAGACUUCGCGCACUCGGACUUCCACCCGAGAGGACGACCUGUGUGGGACAUUCGCUGGGAGCACACAUAUGCGGGCUCAUGGCAAAUCAUUUGAACUUCAGGCUGGAACGUAUCAUAGCUCUGGAUCCAGCGCGACCCCUAAUCAAACCCGGCAACAUGAAUCGUUUGGACAGUGGGGACGCUCGGUAUGUGCAGGUUAUCCACACCAACGCUGGCCACUACGGUGAAGGAGGUCGAGUAGGACACAUUGAUUUCUGCGUCAACGGAGGGCGUCGUCAACCCUAUUGUGGCAAUAGCACUAACAUAAAUUUGUGUAGUCACAUUUGGGCAGUUUGUUAUCUAGCACAGUCCCUUUACGAGGGUUUGGAACCUAUGGCAGAACCCUGUCACCGAAGAUGUCCGACUAACGUGCUGAUUCCACCCAGUCGGCAAGGCAGAGGACGUUUCGGAUACGCCAUAGGUUAUGCCAUUCCUAUGGGACAGAAGACUCCGAUGAAUGCUUUCGGUUCAUAUUGUGUGAGAGACGCCGACCCACCAUUUUGUCCUGAGAGAGAUGGUGCACCUGGAGAUAAACGAUGCUGUAUAUGAAUGUUGUGAACAACUUACUCUAAGCAGCAAUUAAGUUAGCGUAAUUAAUUAUUGAACAAAAAGUACGUAACUACUAAGUAGUUACGCCUGAUAUAUAUAAUUAUUCUUAAAUUAGCUGUUUGGAAAAAUUUAACUCUACCUAGAACUAGUUAUCUAUUUUUUUUACAUUUGUCACAAAUGAAAAACUCAUGGUUUCUGAAGCUCUUUGAAUUUUACGAAUAUUAGUACUAUUAUUAUUUUUGUUAUUAAGUUGCAGCGAUAAUCGAUUACACUCUCACCCAAAAGAAAUGAUUGGUUCAACUAUUUAACCAUUUUAUUAAGGUUUAUUUAAGGUGCUUUCUUUUAUGUAUUAUCGAUACAUAGAUGACAAACAAAUUUACGGUAAAAAUUAAAAAAAAAUAACAGUCGUUUUCAUUAUCACCACACUAUUUCAUAACACAGUAUUUGCAGACAUACGAGAAACACCGUUUAGUAGAACUGACAGUUAUACUAAGUUUUUCUUCCUUUUUUGUGUUCAAAAAGUGCUUAGAAUACUUGGAGAAUCUAACAGCGAACAUGUACCAUUCAUGGUAUUCGUCAACGUAGGUUCUUAUGGAUUGAAAACUAAUUGUUUAGAUUUGAAGGGAAAAAAAAAGAUCAACAUUAUAUGAUUAAACAUCAGAUCAUUGGAGAACUUCAAAAAACUAUCUCACGACCACACGACCUGGGGGUAAGCCCGGCCCCAUAAAGGAAAAUAUUGUUUUGUGAGAACUGAUGGCACAUAUUGUUAUGUUUCCCCCACAGAAUCAUUGUCUAGACAAUUUUUCAUGAGAUAUAAAAAAUAUCAGUGCUUUUAAACGGCAAUUUUGCAAGUAAAAGUCAAUUUUUAAAGCUGACAUAAAAACAGAGCUCACCAACCAAUGCGGGUGAAACCGGCGCCCAAUGGGGGUAACACCGGUACCCUUAAUUUGACAAUAAAUAUACUUGAAACCAGCUGACACCAGUUUGAAUGUGGCAACCACCAAAUAAAGGGUGUGUCACAUCAAAUUGCAUCACGGCAAAAACGCUAUAGAAAUUCGCCCAGUAGACCGAUCCUUUUGAA